UUGAUUAUGGCAUGGAUACAUAAAUUCACUGGGUGAUUUAUGGUCAGACUUUUUGGAUCACUAGUUUGCAAGAUUACAAAAAGAAAAUGAGUGACUACACAGAGAUUAAUGUGAAAAUACCUUUUGGAACCAAAUGCCUUGAUGCUAGUUUUUGCAUCCCUAGCAAGAUACUACCCUAUGGUGUGAUUAUUACUCAUGGAGCAUCAGGUGAUAUGAAUUUCUUUCACCUUGUUUCUUUGGCAAACUACCUUGCAUCUAAUGGAUUUCUCUGUCUGCGAUUCACCUGCAAAAGCCUUAACAUCAUCCAUCGGGUUAAAGCAUAUAAGGCAGUUGUGGAAUUUUUAAGAUUGUCAGAUGACUACAAACUUUCUGGCAUUUUCCUUGGAGGUCGUUCAAUGGGUUCCCGUGCUGCUGCCAUUGUGACACAGCAGGCUGACCAAAAUAACGAUAGCUACAUUCGAGGCCUGAUAUGUUUGUCCUACCCACUGCAUCGACCAAAGGUUCAAACUAAACUUCGAAGUGAAGAUUUAUUGCUCAUUAAUUCCCCCGUCCUGUUUGUGUCUGGCACUGCAGAUGAGUUAUGUGAUAAACAACUGUUGGAAGAUGUUGCAGUCAAGAUGAAAGCACCUAAGAAAAUCCACUGGAUUGAAAAGGCAAAUCAUAGCAUGGCAGUCAGAGGACGAUCUGGAGAUGAAAUAUUAUUGGAAAUAAAUGCUCAGGUUUUGACUUGGAUCAAAGAAAUUAUUGCAUAAUAUUACAGGCAGUUAUCAACUGAAUAGGAUUUGCAGUCUAGAAAUACAUUUUAAUAAGUAUUUUCAUCAGCUCAAGAGUGUUUUGACAAAAACAUGAAAUAGAUAUAAUUAUCUUUUAUAUUGGAUAGCAGUUUCUGAAAUAA